AUGGAUGACCAUAGGGUCUUUUUCCUCUGCCUGUGCCUCAUGAUUGCUCACAGUGAUACAGUGGAGGAGUCCCAAGAACCCCUGAGCUGGAUGGAGAACCUGGAGACGAUGUCCAGGAGCCGCAAUGUGACUUCGCUUCGUGGGCUUAUCCGGGGCCUGGAGUGCAGCCUGUUGAACACCAGCUUCGAGGGCAAGAACCUUACCUUGCAGACGCACAGCAUCCAGACACUGGCCUUCAAGCUGGGCUGUGACUUCACUGGCCUCGCACUGAGCAGUGCGACUCUGGAGCGGGUCCCCCAGGCCUCGGUGCCGCACGCCAUGCAGUUCCCGGCAGAGCUGACCCAGAAUGCCUGCAGGACCCGCCCCAGGGAGCUGCGCCUCAUCUGCAUUUACUUCUUCACUGACUACUUUUUCCAGAGUAUCAACUCAUCUUUGCUCAAUAACUAUGUCCUGGGAGCCCAGCUGAAUCACGGACACGUGAACAACCUCAGUGAGCCGAUCAACAUCAGCUUCUGGCACAACCGAAGCCUGGAAGGCUACACAGCGACCUGUGUCUUUUGGAAGGAAGGAGCCAGCAAGGAUCACUGGGGGGUCUGGAGCCCCGAGGGCUGUCGCACAGAGCAGCCGUCACCUUCCCAGGUGCUCUGCCGCUGCAACCACCUCAGCUACUUUGCUGUUCUCAUGCAACUCUCCCCGGCCCCGAUCCCCGCAGAGCUGCUGGCGCCUCUUACGUACAUCUCCCUGGUGGGCUGCAGCAUCUCCGUCGUGGCCUCGCUUCUCACUAUCCUGCUGCACUUCCAAGCCAGGAAGCAGGGUGACUCCACAACACACAUCCACAUGAACCUGCAUGCGUCUGUGCUGCUCCUGAACGUCGCCUUCCUCCUGAGUCCUGUGCUGGCCAGGGCCGGGGCAGCAUGCACAGCACUAGCGGCCAUCCUGCACUUUGCGCUGCUCAGCUGCCUCACCUGGAUGGCCAUCGAAGGCUUCAACCUCUACCUCCUCCUGGUGCGCGUCUACAACAUCUACAUCCGUCAAUAUAUGCUCAAGCUGUGUGCAGUGGGUUGGGGGGUCCCAGCCCUCCUGGUGCUGCUCCUUCUUGUUGACCAGAAUUCAGUGUAUGGACCUCACACAAUCCCACUCUUCGACAGCCGGGGAAAUGGCACGGGUUUCCAGAACAAUUCCAUAUGCUGGGUGCGGAGCCCCUGGGUGCACAACAUCUUGGUCAUGGGCUAUGGAGGCCUCACAUCCCUUUUCAACCUGGUGGUGCUGGCUUGGGCGCUGCGGGCUGUGCGCAGGCUGCGGGCGCAGGAGAAGGCGCCGGGCACCCGGGCCUGCCGAGAUAGCGUCACCGUGCUGGGCCUCACCAUGCUGCUGGGCACCACCUGGGCCUUGGCUUUCUUCUCCUUUGGUGUCUUCCUGCUGCCCCAGCUCUUCCUCUUCACCAUCUUCAACUCGCUGUACGGUUUCUUCCUCUUCCUGUGGUUCUGCUCCCAGAGGUGCCGCUCAGAGGCAGAAGUGGAGGCAGAGAUGGAGGCGUUCAGCUCCUCCCAGACGAUGCCAUAG